UUGUCCGUUGCGUGCAAACAUUCUGACGCGUUAAUGUCGGCCCAAUGGAUACGUACCUUUAGCAGACAACAAAAUGACAUGCAGAAGUGUCAGUGUCUAAUCGUAUGGAAAGUUACAGCUGCAUUUCAAAAUGUAUGAAUCAUAUUUAGAAAAGUAUUAUGAACAUCCCGAGAGCACAGGCAUUUUCCAAGAAUUUGCUGAAUACCAUACGGAAGAGCAAGUCCGGAGAAAUGAAGAGCUAUUCAGAUUUAUAGAUGAAUUUGUGGCCUCCGAAGAAUAUGAAGUCUAUAUCAGGGGUAAAAGGAACUUGAGACGUAGACAAGCCGAAACUCAGUAUAGUGAGAAAGAUAUUGUAAAGACAGGGAAACAAGAAAUGAUGGAAAAGUAUCCAUUAACUGCGAAUUCAAAGAGAAUAAUGCUUUUUGAGGAACAAUUCAAAAAGUUUGUGGAGAAUCAGAAACACCAGCACGUACUAAAAAGCCAACAAAAGGGAAUACAGAUGAUCAAGGAUAAAAUUAGAGAAGUAAGGCAGGUGACUGUAGAGCAAAAGCUACACAAGUCCAAAAAAGAUAAAGAAAAACAUUACGCCAGGUAUAUAGAUGCCUUCUGCGACAAAUACAAUGUGGCUUUGUUAUCCUUAAAAAACGAAGCCAGAAAAAAAGCAACUGAUAAAAUAAUAUGUUACCAAAAGGUACAACAUAGUAACUAUUUUAAAAGAAAGAACAAUGUUUUGAAUUUUCUAAGAAAAAUGGUUAGAGAAGAUGACAGGCAGAAGCAGAUUGAUAAAGAUCUGAAGAAAACAUAUGACUAUAAAGUCAAGAAGAAUGAUCGAAUCAUUCAGGGGAUGAAAAUCGCCGGAGAAAAGAUUAUCCUGAAACCUAGAUACCCAGAGCCUGAGACUGUUGAGAUACCUGAAGAAUAUAUCGAACCGAAAAAAAAGGAUAAGAAAGAAGCUUCUGAAAAAAAUGGGAAAGAUGAACCUGAAAUGCCCAAAGACGAGAAGGGAAAACAUAAAAGUAGCAAAAAUACUGAAAAAAGCAAAUCUAAUAAGAGUAAAAAGAGGAAAGGUCCCAAGGAAAUUCCAUUGAUUUUACCUGCGUUUCCUGUAGGCAGUAACAGAGAAAAAAGCACUGCAGACUUAACAGGAAAAAUGUCUGAUUUGAUUAAAGAAUUCAACUUAUUCAACGAAAUGUUAGAGAACCGUCAUAUAAUGCGAGAUCCGCGAAAUGUUGAUAGUUUGCCGGACUGCAAAAAUGAGUUGAUAUGCAUUCCUAGUGUCUUGUAUUUUGAGAACUUUAAGAAUGGGUGCACGUACUCAAGAAAGCUGAGAAUCUUAAAUGCCAGUCCUCAGCAACAGAAAUUCAGGAUGCUCAAACUUAUAACACCGAAUGAAUACGAUAUACUUCUCUUCGAAAUCAAACCACUUCUCGAAAUCAAAAAACUAGCAAGCGGUUGCAGCGUCACUUUGAAUGUAAUUUUCCGGCCUGAUUACGACCACCAACCAGUCCAGGCGAGAAUAUACUUCAUUAAAUAUAAUUUGCAAACGUUAUCGUAUGAGAAGUUCUCCGUCAACAUUCAUUGCAUACCUGUACAUGCUCUUUUGAAGAUUAGUUGCAAAGACGUGGAUUUCGGCACGAUUCCAAAAUGGAGAAUUCGCGGAGACAACAGAAAAGUUGUCAAGUUUUCAAACGAUGGGUCCAGGGCAUGCAAGAUCAUCAUCAAAAAAAUCGCCACCUCCGAUACUAACCUGGAUUAUGCUGAAUAUGAGGAUGAUGCUGAAAAAGCUGCUGAAGAAAUAAUCAGAACUCUCAUUAACAAUGUGUCUUCAUAUUUCCGACUAGAAAGCAUAUUUUUUACUUUAGAACCGCACGAAUCUGUCAAUGUCAACGUAUCAUUAAAAAACGUAGAACAUGCUGGCAUAUAUUACGGAAAAUACUGUACAGAGGUGUAUGAAAAAAAUGGUCAGGAGCACUACGUUGGUAGUCAAGUAUUGUCUUUCCAUGCAGAAAUAACUGAACAUUUCAUCGUUGUUGCACCGGACGUUCUGGACUUUGGUGUCUGCAGCACAGAAUCUAUACUGCAAUUGAGUCUGGAUAUUUUCAACAGGUCGCCUUCUACUCACACAUUAUCCAUCAGAUUUCCUUCUAGUGUAUCGUCUUACAUAAGUGCUAACGUUUCUAGUAUUUAUAUAAAUGGUGAUUCAAGAAGAACUAUUUGGGUCAGGUUCUUUCCCAGGAAAGAUAUAUUCGAACGACCUCCAACUUGCUUCGACAGUGAAAAUAAUAUUCUUGAAUUCCCGAUCCGUAUUUACAUCGUAUCGAAGAACCAUUUCAACGCACCACCUGUCCAAGCAACCGUUUAUGCAGCACUGCUCAACGAACACAACCUGACCAUAGAACCAAUGUCAGAACACCUGACGGUAUACAGACCUAACGAAGCAGUUUUGAAUUUGGGAGAAUGCUCUUUAUUUGAAACUGUUUCUACGGAAUUUAUGAUAAAGAACGAGACAUCGUUGCCUCAAGUAUAUGGGUUCUUUAAUGUACCACAGUGCAUUACAAUUUUACCAAACUAUGGAUAUGGCGAGCUUCAAGUUGGAGAAUCUCGUGUGCUGCAGUUGUUUUUUCAUCCUGAUGAAAAUGUUGCAGUUGCAUACCAAAAUGGGAAGCAGAUGAUAGAGUACCAGAAAAAUAUUAUUUUAAAGCUAGAUACUAUCAAUAAUUUGAAACAGUUGAAAAGGGUAUGGUGUUAUUAACUUUCAAAGAUCCCCGCUGUAUGGAAAAUGACUUGCAGCUAAAAUAGUCGAAAUUUUGCACUGAUGUAGUUUUCAACAUAGCGAUAUAAAGUCCCAAUGGACACAACCCCCAGAAACCCCUUCCUGACUGUCAGAUCUCAGAAAUCCCCCAAGUAGGGGUUAUUGAUAGAUAUGGAAGGACAACAUAACUGAAGUCAGAGUUACUAGUGGUACAUCCUACCUUUCGCUAGGAAAAUAGACAAAGCGAAGUCCUUGAGCAUUUCGAAAAGGAAAAUUUGCAGUUCAUUGUCAAGAAACCUCUCUCCGACCUUCUGUAAAUCACAGAAGCCCCGCAAUUAGAGUGAAUUGAUAAUGUGGGAUAUUAUUAUAACUUAUGUUGACAGACAAGUAAAAUGUACUGUUGAUAGGAUUUCUCCCAGACUGACCAAUGGUCAUCAUGGAUUUCACCUUAACCGUGACCUGAAGGUUAUGGUCAACGUUAUAAAAAUUCAAGAUGAGGAUGACAUAAUAACUGACUAAAGAGAGAACUAUUGUGUAAAUAAUUGAGAGACAGAGUGAGAGAGCAAGAGAGCAAAGAGGAGUGGAAGUAGUAUGUGUUGAAAGUGAAAGAAAAAAGUAGGAAAAUGAUUAAUCCUUAGCCAUAAUAGAGUAUAAAGCGGAACUUUAUCACGAUGGUAGAAAAAAAUUGGAAUGCUCUUUUGAACCAUCGCGAAUGCCUAAGGCCUAACCACCAUGAGAACCUGAAAACUUGAGUGACGUCACGUCACACCUUUUGGCAUUACUUCAUGUAGCUUACAGUAGUACUUGAUAAGCUGUUUCUAACGCGACGCUAAGAAUGCAGCGCAUUUGAAGAACUCAACUUGAAAAGAUUGAAAGAAUCAUUUGCCAUGGUAAUAAGAGAAAUGAAAAAACUCUCAAACGUUCACUUAGACGGAGACAUAAAGAAAUGUGUUUCCGCCGUAAGAUCUGCGUGGUUCCCGAAAAGGGAAAAGAUUGACGUUCUAUAUGCACGAGGUCCAGGUGAAUUUGAUGAAACACCGGGCAAAACAAAGGCGCAUAGACACAUGAUCGCAGGGUUAUCAUCUCAUUCAACAGAGCCUUCGAGAAAGUCCAUAACUGGUGUGCAGUUAACUUUGCAAGCAAAAAUUAUACGUCCCUUGGUGGAAUUAUCAAGUCAAUAUAUAAUAUUUCCAAAUACGCCGUGCGGAUCAUUUUCUUACGUAGAGAUCGAAAUUCGAGCUGUAGCAGAAGAAUUUUUGUCGAGAAAGCACCCGAGUAAGCUGCCAGGUUACGAAGCCUUUUUUAGGAUAACAGGAGACAACAAUGCGGUCAAAGCUGAACCUAGCUGCGGUGUCCUCAAGAAUGGAGAGCGGAAGAAGAUAAUACUGAUGGCAAAACCGACAGUUCCGGAGGAAUUAGUAGUGACGCAAGCAAUGAUAAUAAAGUAUAAUGAGAUAUAUGAGAGGAGGAAACAAGAAUUUGAAAAAAGCAAGUUGAAGAAGAUUACAAAAAAAUGUAAAAACAAAGAUAAAAAGGUAAAGAAAAGCAAAGCGACAAGUAAAAAGGAGAAGAAAUCAAAGGAUGAUUCGCCAAAGAAGGCUAAAUCUAAAAAUUCCAGGUCUAACAAGAUACAUAAUUCAGAGGCCAGUAAAUCAGAUCCAGAAGAAACUGAAAUUAUAGUCAAUGACGACGAUAUAGUCAUAGACUACUUGGACUUUUUUCCUGCCGAAAUGAUUUACUGGAGAUCUCUAGAGCCUUACGAAAUAUCGGCAAAGCUGACGUGUACGGUAAACUAUCGCAGUGAAGAUAUGUACAAGACUACAGACACACUAUAUGUCAAUGCACAGUAUACUGUGGUGAAACCAGACUUCACUAUUAAUCUCAAAUUGCAAAGGCUCGAUUUUGGAGCUGUGGCAAUUGGAAUGAGCAUUAUAAAAUAUAUUGUUAUACAAAACAUACAGUAUAAUGAUAUCGAUAUAAUGUACAACCUGUUAAAUCCAGUAGGAGUAUUCAGUAUACCAUAUGCAAAAAGUUUGAGGGUACCACCAGAGUACUUCAUAAAACUCCCACUGAAAUUUGAGCCAAAAGGAGAAGGAAACGUAGAUAACGUCUCCUAACACAAGGAUAUCAAUGUAAAAAAUGAAAACUCGGCCGUUUUAUGUCGACCUACUAAAAGCUGAUCUCUUCCUCUGCUGAUGUGACAUUAUUUUGAAGGUUGAAGAAUAUUUUGAAAUUACUUCCGGACGAACCACCAUACCUUUGAUUUUUGAAGGAGUGGGAAUUAUGCCAAAUGUGAAAAUAACGCCUGCUUUUAGAGUUUACAGAUUAGAGGCGCCUAGCGAUGGCGUCACCGAAGUGAAAUUCUCGAUCUCUAACGCCACACCUUGUAAGGUAUUGCUGAAUUUCCAAAAACUGGUUGAAAUAAAUGGUUACAUGCAAGAUCUUUCGAAAAAUGAAGAACCAGUUCUUGAAAAGGUUGAGAAAUGCAAAGCUGGUGAUAAAAAAUAUAAAACAUCCCAGAAGACUGACCAGAAAACUGAUAAAGAUAAGAGCUCUAAAACGGGUAAAGGAAAAGUAAAAGUAGAAAAAAUGUCUCAAAACCUAACUAAAGUUGAAGAAUGUUCAAUUCCGUUCUUUGGAAAACACAAAGGUAAAGGUGUCCAAUAUUUCGACGUGUUAAGUACACAGCACAACCCCUACACCAUUGAAGGAAACUCCUCAAAAUCGAUAACACUGCUAUUUGGUAAUCCAAAAGUUAUUCAACAAAAAAAGGUCGAACUGUUAGAGAAAGAAGCAAAUAAGGGCAAAGGCAAACAGAAAGGAAAAAAUAAAGAAGCAAAAAAAAGGAGUAAUCGCAACGGUGAGGGCUCUUCCAAAGAAAAAUCUACAGAGCCGAUCAAGUACUACGUCGCCAAGUAUAAUAUAUGCCUGAAACAGGAAUUUUUGAGAGAUGUAAUAUUAAUAGGAUCGUUUAAAUAGACUGAGAUUUUGUAAUAUUAUUUUUUAUUCGUAACAAAUGUUUUUCAUGUAUCUAUGAAAUAUAAAUGUAUUAUCCAUUA